GUGGGCCAUGGGCCUGAAAGGAUUAUCGUCUUGUGGACUUCCGUCAGUCCAUUGGGCUCUUAGGCAGGCCCAUAUCCAGAGCUUCGGGAAGUUCGAAGGUUCCAUGGGAAAAUACAAUUCUCCGCCUUCGAGUUUGCAGAAGCAGAGCGACUCAUCCAAGAGAGGGGACGAAGAGUUGUAGUUGGGACUGCAUCAGCUGAAGAAUUCCUUCAAACGGAUUCACGCACAGCGUCGCCGGAAUGCGGCCGAACAUUGUCACGGAGGCUGGACUGCCUACUAGGGUGAGCCAGUGGUGGGAAGGGAUUCCAUUCCUCACGUCGGCUAUCGUGAUCAUUUGCGGGGUUAUUUACCUGGUCUGUCUUUUGACUGGAUAUGACUCCUUCGAAGAGAUAUGCUUCUGGCCUUUAGCAGUUAUCCAUAAGUUCCAAGUUUACAGGAUAUAUACGUCCGUUAUAUUUCAUGGCUCUCUGCUCCACGUUAUGUUCAACAUGUUGGCUCUGGUUCCUUUGGGUUCUGAACUCGAGAGGCUCAUGGGAUCUGUCCGCUUGUUGUACAUAAUGAUCCUGUUGGCAAUAAGCAAUGCAUUUCUUCAUCUUCUCAUUGCCUUUUUAGUGGCACACAAUCCUUUCCACCCCUCUCAGUACCUGAUGAAUGAAUGUGCAAUUGGCUUCUCGGGAAUUUUAUUUUCUUUGAUUGUUAUAGAAACAAGCUUGAGUGGAGCUCAAUCUAGAAGUAUAUUUGGACUCUUCAAUGUGCCUGCUAAAUGGUAUCCUUGGAUCUUGCUGGUCAUCUUCCAGGUUCUUAUGUCAAAUGUCUCAUUACUUGGACACCUUUGCGGAAUUUUGUCUGGCUUUGCAUAUAGUUACGGCUUAUUCAACAUACUCAUACCAGGACCAUCUUUCUAUGCUGCCAUAGAAGGCUCCCCCUUGCUUUCAACUUGCAUAAGGCGACCAAAAUUCAUAGUAUGCACAGGAGGAAAUACUACAGGCUACAUUCCUACAUAUACAAGCCAAAAUACAACAUCCAGCAGUGGAUUGUUCUCUGGAAAUUUAUGGAGAAACUUGUCUGGAUGGAUGCCCCAAAGAGAUUCAUCUGUUCAGUCAGCAGAAGAUGGUAGGUUUCCUGGAAGAGGAAGGACCCUAGGUGGCGAUAGAAGUCAAGGUUUGGCCCCUGGUGCAGAUUCAAACUUACAAGCAAGGCUCCUUGAUGAUAAUAGCCCCGAACGUGCACCUGGCAUCGCCACUGGACAGCAUUCACCCGAUACAAGUUCCUUCCGUUUCAGGAGACAAUCUGUUGAUAAUGCAGCAGUGGCUGCGAGAAGUGCUGCUAAUGCUCAGGGGCGAGUUACUUCUGAAGAGGAAAUCCAGAAGCUCGUGGCAAUGGGCUUCGAGAGGACACAGGUAGAAGUAGCCGUUGCAGCAGCAGAUGGAGAUCUUAACGUAGCAGUUGAAAUUCUCAUGAGCCAACAGGGUUGAAUUAUAAACCGCGGAGCAGUUCCCCUUACCAAGAACGAACAUUGCAUGAAACCUCAGCUCAAUGGUCGCAGAAUCUACAUCCCUCACUGACUGUGAAAUGCUGUGUUGUAAAUACAAUUGUAUUCUGUACUCUAUGAGCAGGUCGAGUAAGACUCUAAAACUGAGGAUCUCUGACCAUAUACACUACGGUUAGGAGUAGUCCAGCCUUGUAUUGCAACGAUUCCAUAAAGAAAAUGGCUCGAUGGCUUUGCUUGCUUUUCCAAUUUA